AUGGCUAUAUCUCUGAUCAGAGAAAAAAAAAGAGUAAAGGCUGAAGACACACAGAUCUACAGAGAGGGGGUACUGGGUCAGUUAUCUGGUGGAUAUUGGAGCUUGCAGGAGGGCUUGGGAAGGAGAGAUGAAGGAGGAAAGGGGAAAAGCAGGAGUUUGAAAGAAAAAGCUGAGCUGAAAUCUGGAUGGAUGGGACUUGGGAGUGGGAUGAUGGAAUCCCUACUCUUUGCUGUCAAAUCUGCUUCAUUGUGUUCACCUUCU